AUGAUUCAACCCGUCCAGAAGAUCAGGAAUAUGUUUCAUUUCCGCAAGCAAAGCGCUAACUCUACCGUCCUUAUUGUUAAAGCAUCGACUUCAGCUUCUGUCUCUGCGUCAGCUUCCAUAUCUACCUCUACCGCCGAAACACCACCGCAAGUUAACCUUCCCGACGUCGAGACGGACUUGAACAUGCAUUCGCCCAACGGCCUUUUUGACAACUCCCAUUCCGAUGGCGCCGAUGCUGCCAAUGGCGUCACCAGGAAGGAGGACUCUCUCCGUGCGCCGAUAACCAUAAUUAGACCUCGUGAACUGGGAGAUACUGAACGACUGGGUGAUAUAGUUACCUCCACGUCUCCGCCUACCAACGGCGACUCUACCUUGAACUCGACGUCUUCCACAGAAUGGUCCUCCGCCAUCGGUCACGCCAUGACCGGUAAAUCUGGCAGAGUCAUCCAUAACCUCCAAGAACAGAUAACUCGUCUAACUCGCGAGUGCAACCUCCACCGAACCCGUGCUGAAGAAACCCAGCGCAUGAACGAAAUACUGAAACAGCAACUACAGACUGUUACAGACCGACUACGCAACUCCGAACAAUCCCACGAAGCCAGCCUGAUAACCAUCGCACGCAAGGAUAGGAAAAUAGAAGACUUAAAAUCCGAGGCAUUGGGCGAGAAGAAUCGACGCCUCAAGGCUGAAAAUGAUGCAUUGGAAACUACCCAACUUGCCGCACAGCAACGUGAGGACCACCAACGUGCCUUUGCGGAGGCACAGGAGGUCGCCCAACGAUCACAAUGUCAAUAUGAUGCCCUAUCACAGGCCCGACUACGCGACAGAAAUGAAUUCCAGUCCCGCUUCAACAUGUUCAGAAAAGACUUUGAUGAGCUAUGUAAGAGAGAACUAGAGCGACAGAACCAACUAAGCCGGCUGGAUGUCAUUAUCGAGCAGAAAGAUCGCGAGAUACGAGCCGCGAGGGAUCGGACGGAACAAGUCACCACGUUAUAUGAAGACUAUAAAACGAUGAGCGAUGAUACCCUAAGAGAACUCGUCGAAAGAAGCAGACGGAAUGAUCAGGGUGUCGACAAGGCGUUGCGAGACGCCAAAGAGGCCACCGAUAAGAUGAAGUGGGUGGUCAACGUUAAGGGGAAAGUCAAAGGUGCCGGAUGA